AUGUCAACGACAAGCAUGCAAGUUUUGUUUACCUCCUUUUCGACUAUUAUUAAUGUUAAUUUGUAAAAACGUAUGCACGUUGAAAAACUAUUUUAAAUUGUAUAAGUAUAGUCGAAUUCACAUCAAUGGGGGACUAUCUCGGAUCGGUUGCUCUCCCGAGUAUGAAGCAGCGACAGAAAAAACUAUGCCAAGUAAAGUCCAAGCCACGUGCCGAACCAGUGUACAAUGACAAUACGAAUUUUGGAGUUCGAAUGCUCGCAAAGCUAGGUUGGUCCGAAGGCAAGGGGCUCGGUAAGAGGGAAGAUGGAAUGGCCGCGCCUAUUCUACCAACACUGAAACAGGAUGGCGAAGGAUUUGGAUACGCUGGUGAGAAGGACAACCACUGGACUCAACACGAUCAGGAUUUCAAUCAGCUGCUGAAAGUGUUGAAUGGCGAGGAAGCCUCGGCUGGAGAUCAGGUGGAAUUGAAAAAAAUUAAAUCGUUGGAAGAAAAAUCUAAAAAGUCUAGGGCUAGGGUACAUUAUAAGAAAUUCACUAGGGGAAAGGAUUUAAGUCGCGCCACCGAGAAAGACUUGGCUAAUAUUUUCGGCAAAAAGAGUUUAGAUGAGGUGAACUAUCAGUCAUCUGAAAUCGAAACGAAAGAAGAAAUUCAGGAAAAUAAACCGGAAUCGGAAGAAACUAAUAUAUUGGGACUAACGACUGUUACUGCUACCAUGUCGCUUCAGGAUUACUUCAAAAGUAAAAUGCGGAACAAGUUUGGUUCGAUGGGAAAUGAUCCUAAGAUCGUUGCUGGCGAAAAUCAAGAAUUACAUGACCAAUUACUUGAAGUGUCACAGGUUGAACAUAUUGACAUAAAGGAGAAAAAAUACUCUGGUGUUGAACUUUCCGACGAUGUUAGGCAAGAUGACAAUUCAGAAGAAUGUAUGAAUGAAAUCAGUAAAAAGAAAUCAAAGAAAAGUAAACGGAAACGGAAACUUGAGCAGUCGCAGGAAAGCGAGUCCAAGAAAAGUAGCAAGUUACAAUCAGAAGAGCUGACAGAUUGUAAUCUAGUAGAAAGUCGCGAUUCGGAAGAAAAAGCAAUUCUUGAAGCCUCCACCGAAGCAAUCAGAAGGUCAAUUGAACAGUUAAAGGGAAACGCAGAUAACAGUGAGGAACAAAUAGUACACGAAACAUUGAUUCAAAAACUCAAAAAGAAGAAGAAAGGUAGCAAAUUACGACCAGAAGAGCUGUCAGUUUCCAGUAUACCGAAUAUUUCUAAUCUAGUAGAAAGUCACGAUUCGAGGGAAACAGCAGUUCUUGAAGCGUCCACUGAAGCUGUCAGAGGAUCAAUUGAACAGUUAGAGGGGAGCAAAUCAAUAAAUUCAGAUAACAGUGAGGAACAAAUAGUUCAAGAAACGAUUCAAAAACUCAAAAAGAAGAAAAAAGGUAGCAAAUUGCGAUCAGAAGAGCUGUCGGAUUCCAGUAUACUGAAUAUUUCUAAUCUAGUAGGAAGUCACGAUUCAAGGGAAACAGCAGUUCUUGAAGCAUCCGCCCAAGCAGUCAGAAAAUCUAAUGAACAAUUAGUGGGACACGAAUCAAUGACGGCAGAUAACAGUGAGGAACAAAUAGUACAAGAAACAUCAAUUCAAAAACUCAAAAAGAAGAAAGGUACUAAAGUACGAUCGGACGAGUGGCAAGAUUCAAGUACAUCAAAUAUUUCAAAUCCAAUAGAAAGUCAUGAUUCUACGAAGGAAAUAUUACUUCAUGAAUUGUCUGCUAAAGCAGGCAGAAAAGAAAAGAAAAGACAGUCCAAGAUUGAAUCAGAAACAAUUUCUAACGAUUCGGAGGUAACUGCAAAGAAAGAUGAUGGCUGCGACGACGAAAUAACGUGUCUUGUGAAGGCUGCUGUCUUGAAACAGUUGAACGAACAUGGCUUUCCUGGAUCAAAUUUUGCCGAUAUUGUAGGAUAUGGUCUCACUCAUGAUGUAAAAUUGAUUAAUCGCAUUGGCAACCGGACACAAUCAUUAGAAAAACAUCAGUUUAUUCGACAAAAACUAACCUCCUUGCAGCGAAAGCGACAGAUGCUGAAAAAGCCAACCGAGAUUUGGUGAGGGUGAUAAUUUCCCGAAAUUUGUCCCGUUGAGAACUUUUGAUGGCUGUAUUACAACGAGGACAUUUGUCUACAUCUUCAUCGCCCAUGUUCGCUAUUGGUUCAUCACAAU